GAGGCCCGGUGACGAACGUCCCAUGAGCGUGCAGUCAGUCGGCGUGCAGAGCAUCCCUGACGCCGUGGUGGAGGGAGGUCGCAGCCUGGCGUCGCCGGCCCACAGCGUUGGCGUGAGGCCCGGUGACGAACGUCACAUGAGCGUGCAGUCAGUCGGCGUGCAAAGCAUCCCUGACGCCGUGGUGGAGGGAGGUCGCAGCCUGGCGUCGCCGGCCCACAGCGUUGGCGUGAGGCCCGGUGACGAACGUCACAUGAGCGUGCAGUCAGUCGGCGUGCAAGCAUCCCUGACGCCGUGGUGGAGGGAGGUCGCAGCCUGGCGUCGCCGGCCCACAGCGUUGGCGUGA